CUUGUGGUCGAAAUCUUCGAGCAGAAGAGCAGCCCUCCAUCCAGAUCAGACACUUUGCGCGACCUGCUGUCACAGGAUUCUCACUUCGUCGACAGCGUCGUGGAUGUGGUACAAAGUUAUCCGCGCACCAAUCGAGCUAUCCGAAUGCUUCAUUACAUCUUCCGUUCUGGCACGUCGCCUUAUCAUGUCAUCAAUCCGGAGAACUUUCCCAAUCUUCAGGCUACAGAAAUAUGGAGUUUGCUUCUGUACAGGCUUGUUCACAACCCUUUUGAGUGGUGGGGUCAAGACUGCAUUACGUAUGCCCAUAGAAUCGUCAAUGCCUGCCUCCGCUAUGGGCUUGAAGACGACGUCAUGAUGCGCCUGGACGCCUGCUGCCGGAUCACCUACUCUAAUGAGCCAAUCCUAGCAGUCAGAAUAUCUCUGACCCGCGCUAAUGGUCACGCUCUAGUGCAGGGCUACAAGCAGCACGAAUGGCUACCACUUCAGAGCAGAAUUGUGCAGGACUUGAGGCGGCUCAAUGGCGAAGCCUCGAUGAGACAGGUACUCUCACCGGGCUUUUGGAGAAACCUCGACGAGGCCGGCGGGAUGACGGGCCGGUCUCAACCAGACCACAGUAACACGCCCGGCACCAGUACCACUCCUAGCAGGACAGACGACGAGCUGGCAGGAAUCCCACUUGAUUACGGUCUGGGCUCUCUCUCGCAGCGAAGCGAGUGGAACUGGCGGGAAUUCCCGAAUCGCUUUGUGGACCUGAGGCUGAUCCCACAACGAGGCGUCCCCUGCAUGGACCAUACGAAUGCCUGCUACGAUAGCUUUGAGCAGAAUGCAUACGUAGCGCAACGGAGACUUAGCUAAGGCCUGGUGUCACUGGCCAAGAUAGAUGCAACAUGGAGGCACGUUUGAAUCUGAAGGACAGAUUU